GGAAAACUCCGAUCUUCUUAAUAACUCACAAUCUUUCUCUUACUACACUAGGUGAUGAUGGAUCCUACAAUAUCAGUGUGAGUUGGGUUUCUGGCUGUCGGGGACCGGCUGGCUGCUUUGACGUGAAACGGUCGUCAGGUCCCCGAGGAUGCUCCGAUUUGCAUGCGGUGCACGGGUGUUUCUCCAAACAAUCCCAUCUAAUACUAUGAACACAUUAUGUAGUGAUAACUUGAUCUCUAUUCUGCUAGUGUUUAUUAUUUUACCAGUACUGUUACUAUUCUGGUACUGUUAUGGUACUGUUCUGGUACUGUUCUGGUACUGUUCUGGUACUGUUCUGGUACUGUUCUGGUACUGUUCUGGUACUGUUCAACCAAUCUCUUGUGAACACAUGCCCCAUGAACUAAGCGUGCUAUAGUAUCCUACUGCAGGACAUAUAAUGUUUGACAGCAUUAAUAUAAA